AGGCGAACAAGGCCGCCGGGAAGGUUGUCUGUCUCGUCGACUCUGAGUAGCUCCGCCCAAGCGUUCGACGUGCCGUGUUAACGAGAGCCGACGGUUACUACGCAUUGCAACUGUGCAUGCUGCGAACGUGCAGAAUGAAAAGACGUCUACGUGCCCGUUCAUGUGUCCGAUUUUGUUCCCUGUCAUUGUCAGAUUGCACAUCGGUGCCUUCAACUGUACUCCGAGGGAAGCGCCGAGCGAUCUGGGCGGCUAUGUACGAAUGCUGUCGCGCGACGCGAGCCUCGGUCCUCCCAUGCCAGUUAACCUCUGCUUCCAUGACAGUUUUCAACCCACACGCACAUACGCACACAGUGGCAACAGAGCACUUUUGCGGCGAAGAAAACGACACAACUUCAAGUGCAGUCGGACACGAAAUGCAGAUGCGAACUCUAUCGUGACGUGCAGCGCGAGUUACAGUAAUCGGGAGGGAGCAUACCGAGAAUAUCGCAGAACAGUGCACAUGUCAGCGCUAGACAUCCAGGUAUGGACUUGCAGUGGACGUUGGUGGC